CAGUGGCCGGGACUGAGCCCCUCCCAGGAUGGGCUGAUGGCAAUUCCCUUCCUUAAGGGCUCUCACUGGAGCUGUGCUGGGAUCAGGGGGGUGGCCAUGUCACCACGUGUCACUCACCGCUCUGUGCCUGUCCCACAGGAGGCUGGGCCCACCAUGGUGGGCGACGAGCACUCGGAUCCCCACCUGAUGAGUAUCCUGGGGGCCACAAAGAGGAGCACGCUGGGGAACAACUUCUGUGAGUACUACGUGAACGACGCUCCGCGCGUGGUCCUGGACAAGCUGGAGAGCCUCGGCUACCGCGUGGUCAGCAUGACUGGUGUGGGCCAGACCCUGGUCUGGUGCCUCCACAGGGAAUAGCCAGGGAGAAUCCUGCAUUCCACCCAGACAACAUCCUGCUGGAGAUCAUCUUAUACGACUGGCAGCAAAUUUUUCCCCCCUUAAUUCCUUCCUGUCCCAGACUCCAGGCACUCGGGCAGGGGGAGGAAUGGCACAGAGGCAGAGCUGGACCAGUGGAAUUUUGAGAUCCCUGUUUCAUUUCCCAAGAGCAGGGGGAAGAAGGUAUGCCCAGAAUCAGGCAGAGGGAACAGAUGGCUCCAGCUCUGCCUUCAGCAGGAUGGCAGUCUGGCAAAUUCCAGCUUUUUACAUUUCAAUCAUGUACUCAGCAUGCCCUGGAGGAAGCUCAGUAACAGCCCUGUUUGCCUCCUCCUCGGGCUGCCCCAGAGAGCUCUGUGCCUUCUCCUGGGUCAGGGGUUAGGGAGGGACACCAAGCACGGACACCAUCCCAUCUCAUCCCUGAAAACCUAAGGGGGAACCACUAAACCUACUCCCAGUGCCCCGAGAAUCCCUUCCCUUUGACAGCAAGGCCUGUUUCCGUCUCAGCAGCACCACCAAACUUCCAGAUCCCAGACUGCCAUCCAAGCCUAACAUGGGAUUUCCAAAAUAACACAGAAAGGUUGUGUGACUAUUCCAGGUGCUAAUCCAAACACUGCUGGAACAUCUGGAAUUGUGCAUGGAUCCUGCUGUGGGGUUAGCACCAAUAAAACAUUGCUCAAAGAGA